UCGCCAAGCAGUCGCAAUAUGAGAGCCGCGCUGUUCGGAUCGUGGUUCUGGCUGGGAUUGGGGUUGCUCCUGCUGCUGGCCGGCGACUCCGUCGUGGUUUCCGCCAAGCGUUUCCUGCGCUGUGAACUGGCACGCAAGCUGCUCGACCAGCAUGGCUUCGAACGCAGUCUGCUCUCCAAUUGGAUUUGUUUGUUGGAGCACGAGAGCGAUUUGGAUACCAGCAGGAUCGCCACCAAUCCGAAUGGAUCUCGCAACUAUGGGUUGUUCCAAAUCAAUGGCCGGUUUUGUCAGGAGGGAAGGCGUGGCGGCAUCUGCAACGCCAAGUGCGAAGAUUUUCUGGAGGAAAAUCUAAGGGAGGCGGCCACUUGCGCCAAGCGCAUCCAAGCCACGGAUGGUUUUCGCCACUGGGCAGGAUGGCAACGAUAUUGCCGUAACACCCAGAAUUUGCCUAAUCUUAAGGUCAUUUGUGGGAUCUAGCAGUAAUUAAUUUAUUUGCAUUCGUUUGCUAUCAAUGUUAUAACAAAUAAAUCUACUUAAAAUAUA